AUGGAUGAUUUUGGUGAGAUCAUAAAGAACAAGGCAAGAUUAGUGGCUAAAGGCUACUACCAAGAAGAAGGAAUUGACUAUAACGAGACAUAUGCUCUUGUAGCUAAACUGGAAGCUAUAAGGAUACUUCUUGCUAUUGCAUCUACAAUGAAAUUCAGAUUAUAUCAGAUGGAUGUCAAGAGCGAUUUCUUAAAUGGGUAUAUUAAGGAAGAAGUUUAUGUAGAACAGUCACUAGGAUUUGAAGACUUUGAACAUCCUGAUCAUAAAGGAUUCUCAAGAGGCAAAGUUGAUUCAACAUUGUUCAUCAAAAGUUCAAAUAAGGAUAAACUAUAUGUCCAAAUAUAUGUUGAUGAUAUUAUUUUUGGUUCAACUAACUUUAUGCUUUACAAAGAAUUUGCAAAGAUUAUUCCGGACGAAUUUGAAAUUUCCAUGAUGGGAGAACUGACAUACUUUCUUGGUCUACAAGUUAAGCAAACUAAAGAUGGAAUUUUCAUUCACCAAUCCAAAUACUGCAGUGAUUUAUUGAAGAAAUUUAAAAUGUUGGACUGCAAGGAGGCUGCAACUCCUAUGGCAACCAAUUGUUAUUUGGAUCUUGAUGAGGCUGGAAAAUGUGUUGACCAGAAAAUGUAUCGAGGUAUGAUUGGAUCCUUACUUUACCUUAUUGCAAGUAGGCCUGACAUAAUGCACAGUGUAUGUCUUUGUGCUAGAUUUCGAUCUUCACCUAAAGAAUCACACCUAACAGCUGUAAAAAGAAUUUUGAAAUACCUCAAAGGAACCAAAGGCCUUGGACUAUGGUAUCCAAAUGGUACAAACAUUUUUCUAAAUGGUUACAGUGAUUCUGAUUUUGGAGGUUGCAAACUAGACAGAAAAAGAACCAGUGGCACAUGUCACUUACUUGGAUCUUCACUGAUCUCUUGGCAUUCAAAGAAACAAGCAUGUGUGGCUUUAUCCACCACAGAACCUGAGUACAUAGCAGUUGGAAGCUGUUGUGCAUAA